CUUGUCUUCGUCGCCCUGUUUCCUAUUCCUUCUACCUGUCGACCGAAGGAGGAACUUUUUUCUCUUUCGUUCCAGAAAACGGGGGAAAGCUGCGCUCCUCGGAGGUCCGGCGGUUCCACCACCACCAACUGGACCUGUUAAACGUUUGCUGCUUCUCUCUUAAAGAUUGCGCACGGGGGUCAUCCAGUAGUACAAGUGGAGGAGGAAGAAGAACGACAUGGGAAGGAGAGGGAAGUGGUUUAUUGCUGUCAGCAGAGCAUUCAACCCUGAGAGCAAUGAGAAGAAAAGCCAGAAGAACCACAAAUCUAAGAGGAAAUGGAAAUUGAGGAGACCCAAACAUUAUCUUCCGGUCCCUUCUGAAGUGGCAGAGAAAUCAAUUACUGAUGCCACCAAACCGCCGGAUUGCUAUCUUUCACAGGGCAUUAAAUUGGUGAAAGUGGAGGAUGAACACAGCAAGAAUGCCUACAAUGUGGCUCUCACCAGUGCUGCUGCAGCAGAAACUGCAGAUGUUGCUGCUCAGGCUGCGGCAGCGGUUGUUGGACUCACCAUCACAAGACUUAUGGGCAAGUCGAGAGAAGAGGCUGCAGCAAUCAAGAUCCAGACUGCUUUUCGUGGGUACCUGGCAAGGAUAGCACUGCAAGGUUUGAGGAGACUUGUCAGGUUGAAGACAUUAGUUGACGGUAAUGCUGCCAAGCAUCAGACGUCAAACACAUUACACUGCAUGCAAACACUGGCCAGAGUUCAGUCACAGAUACGCUCAAGGAGGAUCAGAAUGAGAGAAGAAAACCAAGCUCUGCAAAGGCAGCUACAGCUGAAACAUGAAAUGGAACUUGAGAAACAAAAAGUAGGAGAUGAAUGGGAUGACAGUCUCUGGUCAAAAGAACAAAUCGAAGCAAAUCUAGUUAACAAGCAAGAGGCUGCUAUAAGAAGAGAAAGGGCACUAGCAUAUGCAUUUUCUCAUCAGUGGAAGAACUCUUCAAGAGAAGUAACCCCGACAUUCACAAACCCAAACAAUCCACAAUGGGGUUGGAGCUGGUUGGAGCGCUGGAUGGCAUCUAGGCCAUGGGAGAACUACAAUGCAAUAAACAAAGAUGUCAAUGACCACGCAAAGAAAGCAAGCCCAAGAGUUGGGGAGCAAACAAUCAAAUUAUAUGCACAUCAGGAUACCAAUUUGCAAAGGACUCCAGUGGAUCAUCAGAAGUCAAGCCAUUCCUCCAGCCACCAUUCACCCUUAACACCCCCUUCCAAACACUCAUCUGCAGGAAAAGAGAAAUCAGUGAGCUCAAGAGCUGCCACUGACGACUCGAGAAGCAUGGUCAGCUUGCAAUCAGGGCGUCGAAGGAGGCAAAGCAUUGCAGGGUCAUCAUUCGGGGAUGAUGCAAGCCUAGCAAGCUCUCCCAGCAUCCCAAGCUACAUGGCAUCGACAGAAUCAGCAAGGGCCAAAUCUCGGUUCCAGAGGCCACCAAAUAACAAUGUGGAAACUCCCGAGAGGGGAUCUGUUAAUGCGGUAAAGAAGCAUCUUUCGUAUCCAGUGGCAGAUAAGUGCAGCAUAUUGUCUCCAGCAAGAAUUAGGCGCAAUUCAGAUCCUCCGAAACUGGAUGUUGCCUCACUGAAAGAUGUAGCUAUUUGCGUCGAGCAAACGAGCAAUGGUGGGAGCAGGUAGCCUGCUCUAGCAGCAACUGACAGAAGUGCCUGGUGGUGAGUAUGGUGCAAACACCGAACUUGUUUAUUGUACUAUCGAUAUUGGUAUGAAAUUGGUCUCGAGUGAGAGCAGUUUGAGGUGGAUUGCACAACUAUUUCUAUGAUUUCUUGAGCUUUCUUGUGUAUUGUUUCUGAACAUAUGGAACUAAGAACAGACAUUGAGACAACUGUUGAU